UACGAACUUUCUGGAUUUUCUGGACGCAAAUCUUACGCGCAAAUCCGUCGUUUAGAGGUAAACCUGCACCGCAGCCCUCACCGUGUGCGCUGAAGGUACCUGGCGGUCGCUGUGUGGGAGAUCCGGCGUAAAGGCAGAGUAAGAAUGUCCUCGUCUUCUCUGUAUCUCAGCCAGGACAGCCUGGUCCGCUACAAAAAGCGGAAAGCCAACUUCACUUUCAGCGAAGUGCACAUUCUGCUGGACGAAGUCCGGAAGAACCGGCACAUUGUUGUGGGUAAGUUCAACUCCGGGGUCCCGUCUGAAGUGAAGAGAAGGAAGUGGGCGGAGAUCACGGAACGCGUGAAUGAGAUUGGCGAGUGCGACCGGGAGGUCGGCGAGAUCAUCAAGAAAUGGUCAGACCUAAAAUGCGACACCAAACGCAAAAUAGCCGCGCUGCACUCCGGUAGCAUCCCGCACUCCGCGCUCGCUCAGGCCGAACUGUCCCCAACAGAGUGUAUCGUAGAGUCUAUCCUGGAACUGGACAAGAAGCCGUGGGAGGCGGCGCUACCGUCACGCUCUCGCAGCCGGAGCACCGACCAGGAUGGGGGCGGCAUAGACGACGAUGACGACGGCGGCUUUUUGGGAAUGAGCUCCGUUCACAGUUCCCCUGGGCUGGGGGUCGAGACGAGGACAAUGCCCCCUCCAGCAGGGGGCGCUGCCAGUGCCGUUGAGGCGCAGCAUGACGCUCCAAACGCUGCAGACCCAGAUUCCCGCUUGAUGGACUCCGACGAUGAUCACCACGAUGUCUUACCUUCCUCUUCGCUGUCGUCUGUAAAUAACUCGUACGCAGAAGACGACGGGACUCUCAUGGGCGCCAACAUAGCGCACGUCUCCUCCUCUACUAACCACGCCCCCAGACAACAAGCCCCGCCCACCAUGGCAGCAGAGCCAGACGGUGCUCGCGAGCAGUUAGCGCAGAACGCCAGCCUGAGUGUGCAAGAGCAGCACACCACCAACGCUCUGCUGGCCACCGUGUCCCGCUCACUGGAGCUGCUGGCCGAGUCGGUGCAGCAGCUGGCCGAGACGCAGCAGGAGUUCGUGCGCGAGUCGCUGCAGCUGCAGCGGGAAACGGUGCAGGUGCUGCGGGAGUUCGCCACCGGAGCGCUAACGCUGCUGCACGAAAAGGUCAACGGGAAGCCGCCGCUGCUGUAAGGAUGUAAAUGUGAAAGAGCUUCACCGAGGAGUUUUGUCUUCAGGCUCGGACGCUACGUUGUGCCGACCACAGAACGGGAACGACGCUGCUGCAGUAAAGGAAGGAGGGACUGCGCUGCUGCAGCCAAACAGCUGUUUGUUUAAUGGAGUGGUUUGACAAGAAGUCAGAUUUUCAUGUUUUCCUCUCUUACCAUAAAACAGCGGAUCAGUCAAGACAUGAUCGGUGUCUGAAAUUUGCUUCUUUAGUUUUGCACUAGAUCUGUGAGGAUAAUGCAGAUUCAGGCUAUUUGCACAAAGCUGGCUGUGAAGCUCUGAACUUGCAUUGUUUGUUUAACGUUAAAAAAGUCCCUACUUUUUAAAUGUUAAAGCCAUUUAAGUGAAGGAGCUUAAUGUGGUACACUCUUGGGAAAAAAAAAGGUUCUUCAAGGGUUCUUUAGUAAAGAAAAUGGUUCUUUAUAGAACCACGAAUGCUAGAGAUAGAUAGUUCUGUAUGGAAUCUUUUUGGUAAGGGUUCUAUAUAGCACCCAAAAGGGUUCUGCUGU